UGAAAUUCGUGAGUGCAGAGGAGAUAUCACUCAACUCUUAUUCCAGUAAACACGUUUUACGACGACUCUCGUGUUUUGGUUUCUAGUUUUCGUUUACUACUGCAAGUUUCCAAUCGCGUUUGUUUACAUACUCAGCGAAAUGGAUAAUAUUGGAGACUGCGGUAUAAAAAUCCAAUCAUUAAUCUUUACAAGCAUCAUAUUUUGAAUGAUCAACACUUAAAAAUGUUUUAUCCACAGAUAGAUUUUUGUGAAUUAAGCUUAUUUAUAUCAAUUUUCGAUGUUCCUAACUCUUAACAAAAUGUGUUUAUUUUUGUUGCGUUUGUGAUACACCCUGAAUGUGAUAAAAAUGCACCAAAAAAAGUAUCUUACUUUUUGAAUAAUGCUAGUUAAAAUUAUUUUAUUGACAUGGCUAUAACCUCGCCGGUGGCAUUGCCUCUAUUAGCUUUAGCACAACCAGCUGAUAGUAAUUCUGUCCCUACUCCUGGAAAUGAGAAGCUAUAUAUGAAUGGAAAAACUACAGCUGGGUCUAAUGUGAUAAUAAGAACUCGACGACGUGCUAAGUGUUUAGUCUCCAGACUAUUUUCUCCAAAAUUCUUGUUUUCUUGCAUACCUGCAUGCGCAGUAUUAGCAGCUUUAUCAUUUUUUCUAUUUCUGUGUAGAGAUUAUGUUAAAUAUGGAUUAUUGUGGUUAGACAAUCAGGAAGAAUGGGUGGUUUGUAUUGUAUUUAUAAUUUUAUACACUGCAGUGUCAUUUCCUAUGACCUGGGGCUAUGUGUUACUUAACCUAGCCUGUGGAUACCACUAUGGAUUGAUUGCUGGUACUCUAGUGACAGCUUUUGCUGCAAGUGUAGGAAUUUUAUCCGCUCAUCUUCUUAUGAAGCAUUACUUUAUAGGAACAAUUACUGCUAAACUGUUAGGGCCUGAUGUUCUCAAAGCAACAGUAGCAGCAUUACAAAGUGCCCAUGCUUUUAAGCUGAUUGCUAUUUCAAGGCUUACACCAAUACCAUUUGGCUUGCAAAAUGCACUCUUUGCUAUCAGUCCAGUCUGCAUAUGGAGGUAUGUUGGAGCUUCAGCUUUGGGUCUCUUUCCGACCCAGCUCAUCAGUGUUUAUCUUGGCACGACUGUCCGAUCCAUGGAAGAAGUUUUAGUAGAUGAAAACACCGCUACUGUAGGCUAUGGAGUUCUUAUUCUGCAGGUUGUUCUUAGUAUUGCCUUACUGACUUAUAUUUUGCGGCGGGCCAGACAAGAACUACGGAAAUCUGUGAAAGGAGACCUUGAAGAAAUAAUUGUUGGAAAUAAGAGUUCUAUUUCUGAUUUGAAUUCAGAUUUUAAUUUCAACUAUAUUCGCAAAACGUUGCCUUAUUCGUGUAAUGGAAACCAAUCGUCUCGCCUUUGUCUUUUACACCGAAUAUAAUGCUGCCUUCAACAUGUAGUGUGCCAUAAUGCUUAUGGAAUAUUUAUAUUAUAUAUAGUGAGAUAGUCUUAAGAAUUGAAUGUAUAUUUUUAUAUUAAGAGAUUAUAGUUGUGAAUUUUUACAUAUUUAUUACUGUUGAACUUUGAAGUCUUUCUGUGUGAGGCAAUUCACUGGAAAGAAUUCCUGAGCUUUCCUUCUUUGAAUUGUAAUACACUAUUUAAAGGUUGUUUGAAGUUAGAUGUACUGUUGAUGUAAAUGAAGAGUUUAAAAAAAUAUUAUUAGAAAGAUUUUUUUAAAACCUAUAUUGUACUAAGUUCAUUAAUUGACUCUAUGAGUAUUUAGCUCUCUAUUUUUAAAAAUUCAUGUCGAGUCUUAUUUUUCUUUUAAUACGUAUGAAAAAUAUAAUUUAGUACUACUUCAUAAUUUUUGAUGGACGGUUAAAUGUAUGACAUUUAAGUAGUUUAUCCGCUUUAUAUUUUAAACUCAGCUUAGACUGACUUCGUUUGACAAGCACUCCUUUGGAUUGGGUAAUAGCUUUAAUAACAAAUUUAACUUUGAUUUUUACAUUGACACUUUCUGGUUAAUAAUAUUGCUUAAAACUAUAUAAUAUAAAUAAACUUAUUUCUGUAACAGUCGAUUCCAAACUCAGUUAAAGGUAAAACCUGCUUGUUUUCUUGGAAUGUUGUCAAUUUUCGCUUCAAACUACUUCAAACUUUCUGAGCGUUCGUUCAAAUUACUUUAAAGUUAUGUUAUCUACAAAUUGUCCUAAAAUUUGUUCAAGAUGUAAUUCUGAUUU